GUUCGCCGAACACAGCGAAGUACGGUUACACGUUUCCUCAAACGAUUUACGAGGACGAAACGCUGUCUGCAGAAGACGAAUUGAGGCUGAAGAAGCACUGGUUUCGCCGGUUGGACGAGAUGGCGGCUGAACAUAUUAGGCAAAACAAGAGUCGCAUCACUCGUUCACGGAGAUGCACUGGUGAAGCAGACGAUGCUACGACCAGUGCGAAGG